GAAGAAUUACGGCUGCCUGUCAAAACAAAAACGAAAGUGUCGGUCAAAACACCGUGUUUUAAAAGCAGGAAAAAGGUAAAUUUUAGUAUUAUGCGGCUAGUGUUAGUUAGGAAAGCGUUAGUUGCUCCAACUACGGUGAAAUGUACAUAAAUUAUUAGCAGCAACAUCGUGCACAGUACUCGCUGAUCAAUAUGAGCCACUCGCAACAUCUUCGAUGCUCGUGUUAAAGAUUCACCGUAGUGUCUUGGAGUGUUCUUUCGCAAUACAUCGGGUGACCGGGCGACGGCAGACAUAAUGUACUCGCAAAGCAUCGUUCAGGUGGAUUGGAACGAACGAUUCGACACAGCCGUGGAUGUCGGUGCUGGCGGAAGCGUUUUCGGCGGCAAUGGCGAUGUAUACCGACGCUUUCAGGACGUUGACGGUGGAAGCAACAGUUCCGCCAGUAAUGACACGGAAAGCACCACCCUGCUAGAUGAGACGUGCCGCAAGAACGAACGGCUGUACGAUAUCACGCCAAUGGAUCGAGGUGACCGACACAGCCGAGGAUCUACCAAGAACAAAAUCUUCCUAUGGAUUGUUGCCUUUUGCCUGAUCGGCAUCCUGGUGAUGGGCAUUAUACCGAAUAACAGCGAUCGGGGACGCGUUGGUACCAUCGUUGGAUGGGGAUUGAACACAUCGAGGGAAACGAUCGACUACGUGCUGCCGUACGAAAACACAACUCUAAUCGAUCCACUGAAUGUGUGUACCACCGAGGAACGUUCCGGUCUGGUGGAGGAAAGUGAGAAGGUGUUCCUAUUGAUCGUGGUCUGUUCUUCCGCGAACAACUUCGAAGCCCGCCAAGCGAUCCGUGAUACGUGGGGCAAGGUGCGAGAUUUUAACUACGGCCAGUUUCAGCAUCUACAUGAACGAUUGCGCGGUGAAUAUCUCGACCCGAAACCGACCGUUGGUCGUGAACUGAAAGAGUACAUGUGGCAGGUGACUGAUGAUGAUGAGACCGUGGUUACGGGCACCGCAGCCAAUACUGUACAAUCGAAAUCCAACUCUAGUCACAGUGAGCGAAACGAGAGCAGCAUUGCGGGUAUGAUUUUUAACGUGAAGCUAGUGUUUCUCGUCGGUCAAUCGGAAGCAGACUACGUACAUCAACGCCAGCGAUCAGCAAUCCCUGCCGGUGGUGACAGCGAAAGCAUCGUGAAGAGAAGCGCUACCGUACAGCAGGCACCCAUUUCGCCGGGUACGGUAGCGGUGCUUCCCGGUGUGGAUCCAUCGCACAACCCGUCGGAAGGUACGGUAACGCCACGGAUCUCACUGUUUGCCAGUGGAGGAGACGUUGAUCCUGCAUUUAACGCAGCUAGCGGAGGCAACGAAAUGGUGGACGAAAUGCAACUACGAAUUGUAAAUGAAAGCGAAGUGUACGGUGAUAUUAUACAGGAGAGCUUUAUAGAUAGUUAUAACAACCUGACGUUGAAGACGAUCAUGAUGCUGAAGUGGGUUACCAACAACUGUGAUGGCAAAGUAAAAUUUAUCAUGAAGUGUGAUGACGACACGUUUGUCAACGUACCGAACUUGCUGCACGUUCUGCUUGGUGGGACGGUUCCCCUGUACAAAGCGGCCAUAUCGUUCUACGACACCAACACGGUGGCGGUGAAAUCGCCCAAAAAUCGUCUCAUCGUAGGUAAAUACCUGCUGACGGGGUUUCUGUUUUGUGACGCCAAACCAAUCGGUGACACCAGCAGCAAGUGGUACUCACCGACGUAUAUGUACGAUAAGGAUGUAUAUCCAAACUAUCUCUCCGGCACGGCUUAUCUGAUGAACCUUGAGACGGCAAAGUUGCUGUACCGGGCGAGUCUAUCGACGCCGAUUUUCCACCUAGAAGACGUGUACCUGACGGGGAUAGUGGCGGACCGUGUGAAAAUUCGUCGCAGGCACCAUCCACUGUUCUUUUACUCCUACACCAAAGAUUUGUGCGCUCUGCGGGGCAUGAUCUCCCAGCACCAGUUGCAACCGGGCGAAAUACGUACCGCGUACGAUUACAUUACCAACAGCUCGAUAUUGUGCAAUGGGCCGGAAAAACGAUUCACCGUUGGACAGCUGAAGCUGCAACAGCGUAAAAAGUGUCAAUGAUGUCGUAAGCGUUUGGCGGUAUCACCUGGACGGUCCAGACGAUAUCGCCAGUUCCUCUCAAUCUGGUGAUACGAACGAGAGUGAAUUACUGUACGCGCAUCUUCCAAUUGACUCAAGUUGUCCGUUUCUAGAAAGUUAAGCACCUUCCCCAGGCAAACUCAAAUUGUUUAAUCCACCGAAUCUAUAAACAUAAUUGACACGCACACAAUGGCAGCGAGAAGGUUAGAAGGUUAGGAAAUGCGAAUGAUCUUUACGCACAAAUUGCAGCUCGAAACGCACAGCCAUUUCAAUAAUCCCAGAAUCUCGUUUAGAUGAUAGAUGCAAUGCACACCAACGGGCCAAAAGUUGGAAAACAAAACUGUUAGUACGUAAACCGAACACAUUAUGGACCACCCAGAGAUGGUCCGAAUAUUGUUUACAAGCAACGUUAAGUCUGCUAACGCGCUUCCUCUCAUCAUGUCGUGUAUAGGCGUAUUAUAAAUCGAACGAAAUUAGCUAAGCUUCGCCUUCAAAUAACGAAAAAACGUCCUUACUAAAAUUUUAAUAACUUAUUGUACUUUGUAGAACAGUUAUCUAGGUCGCGAACGUUAAAAGCGGUAUAUAAGUACGGUACAGCGGUGGGCAUUCUUCUGGUAGCAUCUCCUCAUUAUAAACCCUUUUACUGACGAUACUUUGUAAAGCCUCGCGUGAUCGAACGGUUGAAUGCCAUUGGUGGAUUUGAAUGUAACACGAACCGAGUGGACAAAGCUCAUCUACACUUUUAGUACAUUUUGAUUGGUCAGAUAUAGUUGUAGUAUUUGAAUUUGGUUGGCAAUACUCUUUUAGCUUUUAGUUUUUUUAAUAUCUGUAAUAACUGGCUUACUAGACUUAUUUCUUUACCACGUGGCCGAAUAGUUAAUCCUUGCUACAGAAGAAAACGAUCUAAAUGGAAUUCUGGUACCGAUCUUGUCAUGUGAAAGCCCGUUGCAGCUACCACUCCACUACUGGAUAGUUUCUUUUAUUCUUCUGCUUUUUCUUGGCUUAAAGACCUUACACGGUCAUGUCGGCCUUUUUUCUGACUUACUACACUUAUUUUUACCACGUAGCCGGAUAGUCAAUUCUGGCGUUCCGCAUGGGAUUUGUUACCCGCUCCUGUCUUGUGGAACCAGCUAAAUUUAUCACAUACACCAACGGGCCACAACGUUUCUCUUAGUCAUGAAUGAUAGUCAGUGAUGUUUCCUGCGGGGUCAUGCAAAUUAGGUAUCAGAAUGCAUGGGAUUCUAAUAUCCUUUUUAUUGAAAAUGAAAUUACUUUUGCUUCAGCUUGGUUAGUUGUACAAGUAGUUUAGGUCUUGAUACUAUUUACUUUGUAGCUUGGCUAUCCGUGACCGUGAAUUAGCCAUAGCUGAAUAGUCAAUUUUGUAUAUGAAAACUCAUUGCCGAUUUUUUUUGCAACAAAAUUACCCUAGAUAGAUGCCCCCGGCGAGUUACGGGUCGAACCGAGAAAAGGUUAUAAUUGAAAGGUUCUUUCUUUCAAUUAUCGCGAUCAUAAACGCAUUCUUUGAUCAUAUAGAAUAGACUGUACACAAACAAACAAAGACAUGCUAGAGUGGACAAAUAAUAUAUAAGAUAAAAAUGUUAUUCUUUAAUCGCACCGGUAUGAUUAUGAUCUGUUUGUGUAUGUGUGUGAGAAACACACCUGGUAAACCUAAACACGCAGGACAAGCAUGGCAGUCGAUGGGUUUAGGAGUAGAAUAUUACAAUUCUCCGUUGAUAAACGGCUUACCCUUUGUUUGCACAAAAUGACACAGCCCCUGUUUUCUAUUCAAGAUCCUCUAGUUCACAAGUAAUACUUCGCUUUUUAGUAGUAAUAGGCAAUGCUACCAUAAAUUAAGAAAGUUAUUAUUCCCCGCAACGAAUACAACGAUUGCACGAGCAAAAUUAGUAAGCAAGUAAAGGAGAUAAAUGAGCAAAUCAUUUGAUUCAGCUGUGAUUCCAUAACAAGAAACAAAUUAUAAGAAUUAAAAAAGAAAUGCAUUGAUAUUUAGAUAGGUAUACAAAAACGGAGGUAGUGCAAUGAAGUGACACAAAAUAUCAGCAACAGUUUAGCACACGAUCUAUGGUCGGCGGGUUUUUGAAUCAAACAAGUGCACGAUUACGUUUACCCGCGAAGAAAGCUGCUGUUUACGAACGUAGAAGAUAGCGAUUGAAUAGGUAAUAGUGGGAAUAGUAAUAGUAGUACAAGAAAAAUAGAUUUGUGAUUCUAAAAGGGGCAAAAAGCGAACGACUGUGACAACAGCUAUCGACCCGGUACCGGUACGCCCUGUGGUACAGUAGUGUUGAGUUUCGUUGAGACGUUAAAGUUUGGGCUCAUGUAGUUCUAGUGAUAUAGUAGGUAAAAAUAUUAGAAUUUUCAAAAACCAACAAAGGAUCGAUGAUGUGCCGAUAUCACCAACGGAACAUCCAUCAUGGACGGUGAGGCAAAAUGAUGCUUCAAGGUAAGAACACAAAGUUUCGUGAUCGAAUUAGCGAAAACAUAAGCAGAAACCAUACCUAAACUUCCAGUAAGUAGACGCAUUUAAGCAGAAAUUAAAUUGAUCUUAUUAAAACGGCAUCGAGUUAGGAAGGAGAUUCUGAUCAAACAGUAACAAAGACAAGACAAGAGUGUUCGGCAAACAAAAAGGCAUAUUAGUAUGGUAAAUUGUUUUUCGUAACGGUAAUCCUAAACGAAAUUGUUAGAAUCCAUUUUUUUGGAAUGUUUUCUUUCCUAUUUUGCUCCUCGUUCUUACUGCCAUGAUGCCACACGGAGGCGCGUGUUUAACUCGGGUGUUUGAUUUACCGUCCACCUUCGUUCCUUUGUUACCGAGCCGUGUGAGCAUAGGGGCAGUGGCAUGAAAUUAAAAAAAAAAGUAAUAAAAUUAAACUCACCCUUCUGCGGACUGUCCACAAUAGACAGGUGGGCAAAACUUUCGUCGCGUGUAGAA